CAGACUGGCAAUUUGGAUAGGUUCUUGGCAUAUGGCCCUGAGCAACAUCCUAUAGUGCUUCAAAUCGGGGGAAAUAAAUUGGAGAACUUGGCCAAAGCAACACAACUCGCAACUCCUUAUGGCUAUGAUGAAAUUAAUUUUAAUUGCGGAUGUCCUAGCCCAAAGGUAGCUGGACAUGGGUGUUUUGGUGUGCGCCUCAUGCUUGAGCCAAAGGGAAGUUUGUUGCUGAGGCCAUGUCUGUAAUUGCUGCAAAUACAAAUGUUCCUGUGAGCGUCAAAUGCAGAAUUGGCGUUGAUGACCAUGACUCAUAUAAUGAACUGUGUGAUUUUAUUUAUGAGGUUUCUUCUCAGUCACCAACUCGGCAUUUUAUUAUACAUUCUCGGAAGGCAUUACUGAAUGGAAUCAGCCCAAAAGAUAAUCGAAAAAUUCCCCCACUCAAGUAUGAGUAUUACUAUGCCCUUUUGCGUGAUUUCCCUGAUCUACAGUUCACAAUAAACGGAGGCAUAAAUUCUAUUGAGGAGGUUAAUGCGGCACUUAUGGAAGGAGCUCAUGGGGUUAUGGUGGGACGUGCAGCUUAUGGCAAUCCAUGGCAGAUUCUAGGACUUGUUGACAGCGCUGUAUAUGGUGCACCUCUUCGUAGUAUAACCCGGCGCCAGGUUCUUGAACAAUAUCAGGUCUAUGGUGAUUCAGUCCUUGGAAUGUAUGGGCCUAGGCCAAGUGUUCGAGAAGUUGUCAGGCCUUUGCUCGGCCUAUUUCAUGCAGAGCCUAGAAAUGUUAUGUGGAAGCGUAAGGUUGAUGCUGCUUUCCGGCACUGCACGACAAUUGAAUCCCUUUUCGAGGAGACGUUGGUGGAAAUUCCAGACUCAGUACUUGAUUCCCCCAUUACAGAAGUGCCCUCUGGUAGUAGCGAUAUGUUCAUUGAGGUGAAGAGUUUGUUACCUCCUCCAUACACAGUUAAUAAAGAAGAAUUACUGUAUGCUUAAAUAUACAUUUUUUUUUUCCCUUUGUGUUUGUAUCAUCCGAUAAUGUAUUCAUUCUUUCAGUAUUAUGUAUCCUAAGUGCCUCAUUUUUUUUGGGAGAUUAACUCUCUCCAGUAUAACCAAAGCUCAAAUGGCCUGUAAAAGUGAAACAAUACAAACUCAAUGCUGGUAUGAACAGGAAGCAGGUGCUACUGACAUGUUUUUCUAA